GAGGGAGGAAGGCUGAACAUUGGGGGCCAAGUCUUCCUCCUGAUGCUCCACUUACCUUCCCAGCUUGCCUGCCUCCUGAAGUUUUGUUGCCUUGUGGCUGCUGCUGCUGCUUUGCCUGGAGCAGCCUUUAGCUUUCUAGGUGGUAAGAUCUUCAACUUUCAGAAACCUUAACCAACAUGAUUAAUUCUCAAAGAUUCUGCGAGUAGAAGUCACAAACACUUGGUAGACCAGAACUUGAGAACCAUUGCUCUAGUGGACACUGUCCUGAACUACAACACAAAAGCUUUCCAGCUGCUUGACUCACAGGCUUUGACACAAGCCAGAUGGCUGCGAUUGGUAGGCGCACAGGCUGCCUGGUACUACAGUUGAUGAGACAGAAUAGGAAGACGUUUUAUGAUCAGCUGCGGGAGCACAAUAAGACUGCAGCUUUGCUAGGGUCACGUAGGGAUAAAAAGAGCUGCAAGGUGGUCUUUCCCCAGGAAGAACUGAGGAAGCGGUUGACGCCUUUGCAGUUCCAUGUUACUCAGGAGAAAGGGACCGAAAGGGCUUUUGAAGGAGAAUAUACAUAUCACAAAGCUUCUGGAAUAUACAAAUGUGUUGUUUGUGGAACUCCUUUGUUCAAAUCAGAAACAAAGUUUGACUCAAAUUCAGGUUGGCCUUCCUUCUAUGAUGUGAUUGCCUCUGACACAAUUACAUUCACUGAUGACUAUGCCUUCGGGAUGCACAGGGUUGAGACAAGCUGCAGUCAGUGUGGUGCUCACCUUGGACAUAUUUUUGAUGAUGGGCCUCGUCCAACUGGCAAACGAUAUUGCAUAAAUUCAGCUUCACUGUCUUUUGAGCCUGCAGAGAAGAACCAAGAUGGUGAAGCAAGCAUUAGCUCUACUUCUGCCCAACCAGAAAAGACAGAGCUGUAAUAGUAAAGAUCGUUCUCUGGACAGCUUGUGUCCCUACAUGACUUAUAAAGAAUGUUAUCCUAAAUUGCCUUCUAUCUUUAAAAAAAACCACCAUGUAACGAUAUUCUGCACUAGCAAUUCUUUUCUGUAUCAAGAUGAGGCCUUGAGUGCCAAUGUAUUUUGUUAUGUAAUCGUACCUAAAUAAUUGUCUACUUUUGUGCUUUGGGUAAUCCCUUAGCAAGAGAAUCUUUGGCUCUACGGGUUGUUACUUUCCAUGUACUGUUUUGUUAACAUAGGUUUGAAUAUAACCUUCCUUGGCUGCAAGGAGGAAGAUGACAAUUCAUUUCAGUCAAGGCAGAACUGUAAUAUGUAACAGGAUUUUGAUAGCCUAAUACUUAAGCGAUUUUGGGAUUUUGUUCUGAUUUACAGGACUUGUGUAGCCAACCAUCUAACAGUAACUACCACACUUUCUCAAAGUGGAAGCUUGGGGAUGGGUUAUUGUAUCCAAUCUGUACCAUGGCUCAGGUUUCUAUUAGAAUCUUACGAUUGUACUUACUGUUAAGUAUGUGGUAAUUUGCCUCCCACCUUGUUAUUAAUUCUUAAUCAAAACAGAGCUCACUGUUAUUGGGCUGAUCAGUACAGAUAGCAGAUAUUUGCCCUUUUCUGAGUAUAUUAAAACAUCUUAAAUUACAAUCAGAAUUUAAACAAAUGUGGAGACCUGACCAUUUUACACAUCAAACUCUACAAUCUUUAGAUGCCUGAUCUAUCUGCUCAUGGUAAUAGCAUUAGCUAAUUUGUUUCAGCAUGCUUCUUUAAUGAGGGUCCUGCAAAAUCACCAGCAGUGAGUGAAAUAACAUAUACAUGAACAUUAUGAAUUUACUGUUUUGUGAGUCAUGCCUUGAAGAAGAGCAAGGAAACAUUAAUUUGGGGCUGUUCAGAAUCCUGUAAUAUCAGUACUGACUGGAGAUUCUGGGAGCUGUAGUCCAAAAAGUAACUUUCCCAGGCUCUGCCUUAUUUCAUGGAAGCAAACAACUAGGACAGCCUUCAUUUUACUCUGAAAGUUAAUACUUCAUUAGAGAGGUACAAACUUUCCUACAAUCCUCUUGAAAAUGUUUGCAUAGGCAUUACAAGGGAUGUCAUUCCUUUCUUCCAACAGCAUAAAUAGCUAAACAAAUAUGCUUACUCGUGUGCAAAUUUACAGCAAUGUGCUGCCUGAAAAUACUAUUUGUAGCUUCUGAACUCUUGCUCUUUUUCAGCUCCUAUAUGUGUACAGGUACACCAGUACACUGAGUACCCAAACAGUAUUUCUAGAACAAAGAGGGACAAUCAAAGCACUAAGAAAUGCAACAAGGAACCAUGAUAUCCAGAAUGUGUGUGUAUGUAGUUUACUGAGGAUUGAGUAGUAUAUUUUAAUGUAAAUUUGUUUCUGUGCCUUUAGUGACAUAUUUUUAUUUUAAAGUCUUUCAGGAAAGUGCUGCUUUAUUUGAGGGCUGAAAUUUGCUUUCUUACACGAUUGGCAUAACUAUGCAUUGCCUUUAAACAGCUUACAUGGUUAGAACUCAGAAUAGCUGCAUUUUUUAAAAAAUGUAGCACUAUGGUACUGCUUAUUUUGCCAUUCAGUAUCAAACAUGAAAUAUUUAACACUGGCACUGUAACCAGUAAAUUACAGUUACUACCUUUUAAGCCUUAGAGCGCAGUGGAGAAAAAUGAUACACUAAUAAAUAACAAAUAUAGCUGAAAAACAGACAGAUGUAGGAUUUCAAAAUGCAGCCAUAUACAUAGGAGAAUAGUUGUGGUUAGCAUCACUCUCAUGGAUGCAAUUGCUCUCUAGUUUGAGCAGUUGUUAGUACAUAAAGGCAAGCAAUUUCUGUGUCAAGUCAUUCUUGCUUUUUAUUUUAUUUUUAUAAAAGGGCUGUUCUUAUUCCUUGCCUUUGUUGGAAGAAAAGUGAGUUAUCUCCAGUCACAUUUUCUGACAUAAAUCUAUAACGUGCAACAUCAAUGAGAAUGUGGGACAUUCAUGGGGUUUACUUUUCAGAUCACUGUUGUAGUAAAGGAUCACUGUAGUAUCAAGUUUCAGCGUAUUUCUGUCUUGUGUUAAAGAAAUAUAUGACUAAAACUUCAAUCAGCAAUAAUGUCAGCUGUCCAUUGGUAGAUUUAUACUUGCAGGAUAUGGAAUGCAGUGAACUGAGUCAGUAUGGCUAGGUAGAUGUGAUCUAUGGAAGUGUAAUACUAUUAACAGUGGAAAGCCAUUGUUCUUUCUCUGAACUGCAACACUGGGCAAUGUUUUUCACUGUGAAUGUUAGUAGAGGAUAUUAACAUGACUGGUAUUACAAAGCCUAAAUAGAGGUCACUUACUUUAUGGUCUUCACAAAAGAUCUUUGGAGCACAAUACAGUUGGGGAGAGUUUGUUGGUGGUUAUCUGUUCUUUGUAUUCCAAGGGUGCACAUAACUACUGAACACAAAUUAUAUAGGCAUAGAAAACUAUACUUUAUAAUACUCUGCCUAUAUUAUAUUGAGGGUUUGUAAACUAUCUUCUGCGUAUCUCAAAAGAUAUUUACAGGAAGAGAAAACUUUAAAAAAUAUUAUUUUAGCAUAUGCCGUAUACCAUUUUGAAUAUUUGAACUUUUCCUCAGAAUUGUUCUUUGCUUGUAAGGCAUCAAUGCUGAAUUUUUAAUGGAGAUAUCUUUUAAUAUAUUUGCUGUA